GCAACCGUGGCGGCGGUUGGGCAGCUGUGCCGGCCCGGAGGCGGCGGCGACCCGGCAUGGACCCGGCGGCGGCGAAGGAGGCGGAGGCGUCGUCGGGGGCGCCGUCCGGGGGCCCGGAGGAGCCGCCGGUGCAGCUGAACGUGGGCGGCUGGGCCUUCGCGGUGCCGCGGGGCAAGCUGGCGCAGUUCCCGGAGUCGCUGCUGGGCCAGGCGGCGGCGGGGUCGGCGGGGCAGCGGCUGUUCCUGGACCGCGACGGCUACGCCUUCCGCCACGUCCACUACUUCCUGCACACGGCGCGGCUGUCGGGCGGCAGCGGGCUGGAGCUGCCGCUCCUCUACGAGCAGGCCGGGCUGCUGCGCCUGGCGCCGCUGCUGCAGAGCCUGGACAACCUGAAGGAGGGCAAGCACAACCUGCGCGUCCGCCCCGCCGACAUCCCCAUCGCCGAGCGCGCCUCGCUCAACUACUGGCGGACGCGCAAGUGCAUCAGCAAGCCCUGCGCCGCCGCCGCCGCCGAGUGCGCGCUCAAGAGCCCCGCCUGCUCCGGGUCUCCGGAGAAGGCGCCGCUGGGGCUGAUGGACACGCCGCUGCUGGACACGGAGGACGAGGUGCCCUACUGCUUCCUGCCGCUGCGCCUGGUGGAGGAGUUCCCGGCGCUGGUCACCGACGACAACCUGCUCUGGCUGGCCGACGCCGCGGCGCUGAUCGAGUGCGAGAGCGGCGAGUUCCGCUUCAUCGCUAAUUUUCUUCGAUCAGAGAAGAUUCUUUUGCCUGAUAACUUCUCCAGCUUGGAUGCACUGGAAGCUGAAGCAGAAGCUUUAGGCAUUCCCAAGGUCAUAGAAGCCGUGAAGGUCUUCAGGAAUAACCCAGGCUCAUGUUCCAGUGAAGCCUCUAAGUCUCAAGGCUGUCAGAGGAGCACGGCGGCCCAGCAGCAGAGAGUUCGGGACCCACCAGCCCUCCUCCCUUUGUACCCAAUGGUGCUGGGUCUCCUAGUCAAGUACCCUGACUCUGCUCUGGGGCAGCUCCACAUGGAGAGCACCCUGGAUGGGAAUAAGCUCUACAUAUCAGGGAACGGAGUUCUUUUUCAGCAUGUCAUGUAUGUCCCCUGGGCAGUUUGGUGGUUCUUGUUCCUAAUUUCUGAUAAGGACAUUUGGGAUGUGAAUGCAAAUGCAACCCUCCAUUAUAGCACAAUGGUGUGUCACAGAGACUUUGCCUUGUUCAAACCCUCCACGGGACUAUUUUGUCCGUCCUCUGCAGGAACAGCCCUUGAAGAAGCAGCUCCUUGCCAAGCCCUUGAUACGAGGGGCUUGAUUCUUAAGGUUGAGCACCCUCCCAUUGUGCCGGGUGACGGUUCCUGUGUUUUCCAUGAAGGCAGCAUUCUCUACAGCAUGGGCGCCGAAGAGCUUACUCUGGCCUGUGCCUUGGCACCCCCAGUGGACAAAGAUGUCGUUUUUCUGAGCUUCCCAUUAACUCAAGAAGAAAUUUUUUAUGCCCAGAAGUGCCACAGUUUCCUCACGGAUGUCAUCUUGGAUUCUAUAAGACAGAAGGAUCCCAAAGAAACCACUGCCAAAGUAGAGCUCCUGGUCCGGAGGUUGUGGCGCCUGCAGAUGACGGCGAAGGAGUUUGUGGCUGAGCUCCUGAAUUCAGCACCCUUUCAAGCUGAUGGCUAUUCUUAUGAGAAGUUGCUGAAGUGGAUUGAAUUCAGCCUGCCUUUUGCCUGGAAAUACAGCUGCUGCAUUAACUCGCUUAUUAAAAAAGGAUACUUUAAAUCACUCUCACAUUUUGUUAUUGGAAAAUAUUUACAGAACCCUUAAUAAAACGGAAGUCUUU